CCCGGCAUCCUCCGCGGCCGACCGCGGCGGAGCGCACAGAGAAGUCUUGCCCGUGAGCGGCCGCGGCGCAGUUCCGUUGCUGUCCAGAUCCCGCUCGGCCACGGUGCCGCCUCUAGCCGUCUUCCUACCGCUCGUCCGUCCACCCGAGCGCCCCUAGCCCUCCCACGAGGGCGCCCCGGGACGGAAGGAACCACCAGCCUGUCGGCGCCCGCCGUUCUCGUGGUCGCCGUCGCCGUCGUCGUCGUGGUCGUCUCCGCCGUCGCCUGGGCCAUGGCCAAUUACAUCCACGUCCCGUCCGGCUCGCCGGAGGUGCCCAAGCUGAACGUCACGGUGCAGGAUCAGGAGGAGCAGCGCUGCCGGGAGGGGGCCUUAAGCCUCCUGCGACACCUGCGGCCGCACUGGGACCCUCAGGAGGUGACCCUGCAGCUCUUCACAGAUGGCAUCACAAAUAAACUUAUUGGCUGUUAUGUGGGUAACACCAUGGAAGAUGUAGUCCUGGUGAGAAUUUAUGGCAAUAAGACUGAGUUGUUAAUCGAUCGAGAUGAAGAAGUGAAGAGUUUUAGAGUGCUGCAGGCUCAUGGCUGUGCACCGCAACUCUACUGUACCUUCAAUAAUGGGCUGUGCUAUGAGUUCAUACAGGGAGAAGCGCUGGAUCCACAGCAUGUCUGCAACCCAGCUAUUUUCAGGCUAAUAGCUCGUCACCUAGCUAAAAUCCAUGCUAUCCAUGCACACAAUGGCUGGAUCCCGAAAUCUAAUCUGUGGCUAAAGAUGGGAAAAUACUUCUCUCUCAUUCCCACAGGAUUUGCAGAUGAAGCUAUUAACAAAAGGUUCCUAAGUGAUAUCCCAAGCUCUCAGAUUCUUCAGGAAGAGAUGACUUGGAUGAAGGAGAUUCUUUCCAACCUGGGCUCCCCUGUUGUGCUUUGCCAUAAUGACCUAUUGUGUAAGAAUAUAAUCUACAAUGAGAAACAAGGUGAUGUACAGUUCAUUGAUUAUGAAUAUUGUGGAUACAACUACCUGGCAUAUGAUAUUGGAAAUCAUUUCAAUGAAUUUGCAGGUGUGAGUGAUGUGGACUAUAGUCGUUACCCAGAUAGAGAACUGCAAAGCCAGUGGCUGCGUGCUUACCUUGAAGCCUACAAAGAGUAUAAGGGUUUUAGGACCAAAGUUACUGAAAGGGAGGUAGAAAUACUCUUCAUCCAAGUCAAUCAGUUUGCAUUGGCUUCUCAUUUCUUUUGGGGAUUAUGGGCUUUGAUUCAAGCCAAAUAUUCCACUAUUGAGUUCGAUUUCCUUGGGUAUGCAAUAGUUCGUUUUAACCAGUACUUUAAAAUGAAGCCUGAAGUUACUGCAUUAAAAGUGCCUGAGUAAAGAAGAGAUUUCAUUCAUUCUCAAGUAGCUGAGCGAUGGUUGUGAAUUUUUUUCUUAAGCAAUUCCAAAAAGCCAGUAUCUGUUAAAAUUCUGUUACUUAAUUUGGUUAUUUUGCUUUACAAAUUAUGCCUCUAAAAAGAAAAAAACAAUCUUAUUUUUUAAAAUAAACGGAAUGAUUUCAGGAAUUAUACCUAUUGCUGUCAGAAUGUGGUGGAUUAGAGAUUUGUUAGAUCUGCAAAAGAUGUCAAUUUGAGCCUUGCUUUCAUAAUUUAUGUCAUGUGGGUUAUUUAUUAUAAAUGUAACAUGGUUCUGUGACUGCUUUCAUUAGUUUUCUCUGUUAAGUAUAUACAGUCAGAGCACUCUAGAGAAAUGUUGUUAAAGCUUUAUGUUAAGAAGAUUGAUUUUAGAAAACCAUUCUGAUUGUUCAGUGUAACCUUUUAUUCUGAUUUCACUGUAAGUGAAAUGUAUCAUUUACUUUUGAAAUGCCAGUCACUGACCCGUAUAGAUAAUUUAGGAUGGUCGUAUGGAACUAUGUUUUUGGAAGGGAGAAAUGUGUUCACUGUCUUUGUUGGUGAUACAUCUUGUUAAAUUGAAUAUUGGAAAGCAUUUCUUUUUUGGGGAAAUACAAUUUAGAAUGAAAUUCUUGUCUAUGUAGUCUAGCAGUAUAAACAUAUUUACUAUAUAAUCUUGGAAUAAGUAUAAUGAUUGUUACCAAAAUUUGUAUUGAAAAAUGUGUGCAAAUGCUAAAUGCAGUCAUUUAAGUUACUAGUGUAAGUUUUACCUUAUCAAAUUGUUUCUAACCAAAAAUUUCAUUUUACUUGAGAUGCUUUCUUUAUAUUAAUAGUUGGUAUUGCUAAUUUUUCAAACAAAUACACAAAAUUUAUCAUACUUGAAAACAAGAAAAUAUUUAGAUUAAGGUCUUAAAAAUUAUUCAGAUUCAUUUUUUAUAUCCUGGUUUCAAGUCUUAGUUUAUUGUGUGUUUAGUGUGAUAGUGAUGACUUGGUACAUGUAAUGUCAGAGUAAUAUGUUGAGGCAGUUAAAAGAAUCAAAUAAGAAUUUAGGAUACAUUUAGAAUAGUGAUCUUGUAUACUUCAAACCUGAAAAAAAAUGUGAAUUAAGCAGAGAUAUGCAUGGUAGGAGGGCUUCUGUUGCUUUGCUUUAUUGUAUUUUUGUUUAUAUAUUUUGUUUGGUUUAGGGCUAAGAGGGAAGCAAUUGAGUGGAAGGAAGUUAGUGCUUUGGAAUAGUUAAGAGGGCUUAAAGUUUUAAAGACUGCUUUGUGAAGUUGUGCGGUCAUGGUUAACUUUACUUAGAAAAUUAGUCUGACAAGCUUUGCACUUUGGUCACUUAAGUGCUCAUGUACAAAGUUAGCUUAAUGGAUCUGCAUAUUUCAAGUAUGCAACUACAAAUUUAUCCUCUGAGAAAUCUUCCGAGGAGUCUGAUGUAUUAUUCCAAAUGACUUAUAUUCUCAGACAAGUGCAUUAAAAUUCUUGGAUUAUCUCAAGCUGUUUAAAGCUAAUAAAGUAAGUCAAAACACUUAAAAGGGCAUUUUAAAUGGUAAAUUCUAGUUACGUAAGUAGGAUCUUACUGUGUUUGUAUCUGUAACAGUGUUAGACCAAGAUUUGGUUUCUACCUCCCCAAUGUCAUAAAUGUUCAAUUCUGUUUUUAUACACCAUAUUACUGUAAAAUUAAUAUAAUUUUGCCUAGCUGACUAAAUGAGUGGAACCAAUCAAAUAAAAAUUAAUAGCUUUUUAUAAUGUUAAAGUGAACUUCAGAAAUUGUUUUUGGUGGAAUUUUCAUCUAUGAUUAGAACAUUGUGGAAUGAUAAGGAAUAUGUAAUAGUUUUUUGAGUUUUGGCUUCCUGCCUUUUAAGAUGCAAGAGUAUAUAUCUUGUAGAACUAUGAGAGAGGAGAGAUCAUUUUUCUACCUUACUCAAUAUUCUUAUUUCCAACCUGGUUUGACUAGGGAUUCACUGAGCUGUUGGGGUAGACUGUGCGUAGCUGCUAGCUGUGCCAUUGCUGUAACUGUUUCAGAGAGAUUCGUUUAGAAGUGAAUGUAACCAGGAAUGAAAGCUGUCGGGUUAGCUGGCCCUGAAGUGUGCAGUGGAUCUUGGGAACAUACUAAGAUAUGUAAAAUAGUACCUUCUCUCUACUGGAUUUGGGGUGUUUUGAUGCUCCUAUUUCUAUACAGGUUUAUGGGAUCAUAGUGCAGACUGGUAAUAGGGUUCAAAAUUACUUCCCUUUAUAUUGACCGUUUAAGGGUUUCUAAAGGAGGGUAAAUCUCAACAGCACUCUGAAUUCAUCCUUCUGAAAUUCGACAUGUGGCUUGCUGAGAUAUCAGUUGCCUUUUUAUUAAAGCUGAGGAACUUGAAUGCCUUACCUAAUCACUCAACUGGUAGUAAGCUCAUUUUGUAAAUAGGAAAAUGGUUGUUAGAUGUGGCAUUCAUGUUUGUUCAAUGUUAGUCAGUAGACCAUAGUGGCCUGGAUGCUUUAACAAGCAAAAUCCCACAUCCCUUCCUCUUUUCCCCUACAUACAUUUAUGAUUUUGUCUGAUAAGUAAUAUUUGAUUUUUUUCUCUCCUAACCCCAUGCUACCACCAUUUUAUAGAAGUCAGAGAGACGUGGUAGUAAAUCAUACUGUUCCCAUGAUCAUCUGAGAUCAAUAUGAGCACAAAACUCAUCAACUAAGUCUGCCUGGAUGUAUAUAAAACAGUGUAAAUAAAAAAUUGUAAAUUACUGUGAAUUGUAUCUUGCUUAUGAAAUUUGAGUGUUGUUUUGAAUUCCCUUCCCUUUUGUAGAAACCUUCCUGUCAGGAAAUGACCCAGCUUGUUGGUGUUAGACUGGAAGUAGCCAACAGUUCUGGCUGCACAGAGAGAUAACAGGAACUGGAAUAGGGUUUAUCAGCUUUGGUCAGUGUCUGUACUUAUUUAUUUAGCCUCUCAGUGCCUAAUACAAUUUCCCCCAUUUGUUAGUUGCUGUUAAUUUUUGUGAGGUCAGAUUUCUGGAAGCAGUGAGUUUAUGUACUGUUACUAACUAAUACAUGUCCAUCUAUGAGUCACAGCUCCAAGCUAAGAGAAACUAAAUACGAUUUAAUGAUUGCAAACUGAAGUAUUAUCUUUUUUCACUUUAGGGUUAUUAACAUUUUCUAUAGAAAACUUUGAUGUUCAGUGUGAUGCUAAAUCCCAUAUACAUAUAAGAGAUAUGACAAUAGAUCUUCAAUAUAAGCAUAUCUCAGAUGACUUCUCUAAAGUUGUUGUAUGAUUGUGAAAGGCAGAAAGGACAUAAGUAAUCUUUUUAAUGACAACUAUUUCUAUUUUUUACUAAAAAUAUUUUAACUUCAUUAAUGUAUAUUAUUCCAGACUUCCACCCCCAAACACUGUCAAUGAAAAGCUUAACCUGACACUUUUAAAAUUAAUCAUGUAUUUCUUUUUUACAUAGAAGCCUUCUGUACAAUUUUUGAGUUCAUUGUUCAUAAUACAAUGAAAGUAUCCAUUUGAUUUUCUGCUUUAAGCUUCUUUAAAGCAAUUUAUACUGUUUUCAAAAAUAAUACAGACUUAAGAUAUUAAUAUUAAUUAUUCAUAUGAUAGGGUUAACUAUGCUUUGUGACAGGAGAGUUUUGUUAUUGGCAGCAUCUUGCACAACUUUACACAGAAGUCAUGCUAGUAAUUACUGUGCACAAAGGAAAAAGAAUUACAAGUGUGUGGUUAAAGUAGCUUUAUCUUUAUUUCAGAAUUGAUUACAUCUGAUUUUCUUUAGUUCAUUUAUAUUUCAGAAUGUCCUUUUACUGGGAAAUUUAAUUACAUACAAGACACUUAUUUUCGUUCUUCAGAAAAAAAAAUUUGUUGAGCCACCUUUUUUUCCUAUUACAUAUAUAACUUGUGUGAUUAUAGUGUUAAGUCUUGGAUUUGAUGUCUUUAAACAGAAAAAUAUCAUUUAAAUAAUAUCCCCCAUCUUUGGGAAUCAGACAGUAAAUAUUGUACUAAAAGAAAAUAUUUGAGGUUUGUAUUACUUUUAAUAUUACAAAAAUUAAAUUGAUGAGUUGAUGAGUUAAAAGUUUUUUACACUGAGGAUUUUCAUUUCUGGAUCACAGUGUGUUAUGAAAAGAAAAUCUGAAUUAUUUGCAUGAGUAAAAAUAGUGAUAAUGUGUAAACCUAUUUUAGUCCUCUUUCCUCCUAAAAUUUUCUUUUAUGUCUUUUUUUUGUGCUUUAUGUACUUAGUAUACUACUGACGUUAUAAAACAACAGGGUUACUAUGCCAUUGUAUCUGUAUUCACUAUGAAUCCUGUAGCUUUUCUAAUUAUGAAAAAUUGCUCUCUACCCAUAUCUUUUUAUUAUCAUUUUACUCAAUAAGGGUGUUUGGGAUUAAUCAUUUUAACAAAAUGUAAGGAUUCAUAAAAGGUGAAAACAUUGUAUAAUUAUAUUUCAGCUAGUCAGUGAAGACUAAGAAAUAAUUUAGCUAAUUGGAAUGGUAGGCUGUUAGUUAAAUUUCCAAACUUUUAAUAAGGAACUUUAAGAAUAGAUUGAAACCCAAUUGUAUCUAUGUAAACUAGUUCCUGUGACUUGGAAAAGACCCCUGAAAAAGCAGUGGAGGAGAUGAGAAUGUUUGCUUGCCAUAGUUUUAGUUGUGGUGUGUUGCUACUUAAAUUUAGGUAGUGACAUACAUAAAUUUUUAUUGUUCAAUAAUCUGAGGUAGUUUUCUGUAUGUAUCUACUAAAGUAUAAAUGCAAGGAAUCUGCAAAGAAGAAGCUUUCUGAUUAUACUGUAUUUAGGAGCCUUUGUACAGCUAAGUCAAGUUUCCAUGAUAUGAAGUAUUUGAAUUUUAAGAUACACUAUCACUCUAAGAAAAAGAUAUGAUAUUAGCCCAUGUGCAGGGGAAAAAAAUGAAGAGUAAUCGUCAUCGCACUAAGCUGUGUGUUGAAUUGGAAAAUUGUGGCAUAAAGCUUAAAUUUGUGUUCAUCAAAUGUGAACUGUAGUAGUACAAUGCUGCUUUGUAUAUACUGUAAGUGCUACAAAUAGUCUCAGCACUGAACAUGUAUUGAUACCUCUCCAAUGAAUGCGACCUUUGAUGUGGAUGUUUGAUAUCCCUCAGAAAGUAUCUGAGUGUCUGAGAAUUUGUUAAUCUGUUUGCUAAUGGAGAUACUUCCUGUUUCUCAUUGCAUAUUUUCAUGUUUAAAGUUUAAUUUUUACAUUUUUACAGCUGUUAAUUUAAGAAAAAUUAGUUCUGUGGAUAAAAAGGCAUUGCCUGGGAAGAAAUUUUAAAAACAGCCUGAUUCAUGUAACUGCUUAAGUAAAAAUACAUUUUUGUUAUAUGUUCAUGAACUUUUAAUGAAGCUAUUUGUUUUUCUGUUUAAACGUAAGUGAUGUUUAGGCUUUAUUUCUGAUUAAUAAAGCUUUUUACCAUUGAUUAAAUGAAGGAAUGUAUCUUUUUGAAGAGAUUUAUAUUCUGUAAAUAAAAAUUGGUUGUAACAAUAAAGGUGGGUUCUAACUA